AAUUAAUAUUCAUGAGGUAAGCCCUGAGUCGGUUUGUGAGCAGGUGAAUGCUUGAUUCUCAUCGCCACCACCAAGCAACAAAAAUGCCUUGACAAGGCAUCACAUAAGGGAGAAAGUAUCUGUUUAUACUGGCAGAAAAGCCAGUAAACAAACGUUCAUUGGAAAUGGAAGAAAAUCAACUUCUUCAUCGAAACGCGUCUGUUUCAAAGUAACCGACUCACCUGAAACUACAGAAAUAUCAAGCACCCCAGCAAAGAUGGCUGACGACCGUGUAGCCAUCUUGACCGAUGAUGAAGAGGAGCUGAAGAGGAGACACCUCGAGCAUUUCGACCACCUGUCGCUUGAGAUUCAAUCAGAUCAACCUUCGCAAUCAUCUGUGGACAAUGUACCUUACGAUACAGCACCAACUCCAUCCCCUCAACAUGACAUGAGCUGCUGUGAACGAUUGUUCCUACGGGUCAACCCCUACCUUCUUGUGUCAAAAGUGUUUUAUUUGUUCUUCUAUGCUGCAUAUGGUUCCCUCCAUCCCCUUCUUGCUUUGUACUACAAGCAGCUGGGGAUGAAUCCCACCCAAAGUGGUCUCCUAGUGGGAAUCCGUUAUUUCAUUGAGUUCUGUAGCGCCCCUUUUUGGGGCAUUGUCGCAGAUCGUUUCAGGAAAGGUAAAGCAGUCUUAUUGUUCUCAAUGUUAUGCUGGCUCCUCUUCAAUUCUGGGAUUGGAUUUGUGCAACCAGCAGACAUGACGUGUAAAGAAGAGAACCUUCAGACGACCACAGCCAUGGUACUGACUGUCCACACUAUCACAUCUAAUGAGACAUUCUACCUCAAUGCCAGUUCCAUCCCGACAACAAAUCAGAUGAGACACCGCAGGGAUCUGAUUGGACACUACCCUUGGCGAACCAUCCUUUCCUACAUUCAGUCUUCAGGCUACAGUUCUGAACACCGAUUCAAACGGGAUUCCAACUUAAGUUUCACUGUUGCACCUGAUGAAUUUGCUAACACGACACAAUAUGACCAAAACACCACAAGGCCCGAGCUAAGCACAUCCAUCUCAGCAUCCACCCCCAAUGCCACGUCCGGCAGCACUACUCAAAGUACUAUGACCAAACCAACCCAAACACCUGAAUAUAACAUGGACCAGGUUCACGCCAUUUUCCUGCUGAUUCUGCUCGUCAUCAUCAUUGGCGAGUUUUUCAGUGCUCCAGCCAUUACUAUCGUGGAUACGGUACGUAACACUUUUUUCCAGAAAAAUAACCUCAAUAUCAAGGCAGAUCACACCGAAACAGCUCUGGUGAGGGUCACAAAUGACCUGCUGAUGGCAGCAGAUGCUGGUUCUCCAUCUCUUCUCAUCCUUCUGGAUUUGACUGCAGUAUUUGGCACUGUAGAUCACAACAUACUUCUGUAUUGUUUACGUCACACCAUCAGUCUCUCUGGCUCUGUCUAUAACUGGUUUUCAUCCUACCUUACUGGGAGAAUGGAGUAUGUUGCUUUGGGAGAGACUAAAUCCUUGACACACAAUGUCACCUGUGGUGUUCCUCAAGGCAUAACACAUGCGUCCGUAUGGGCGGCGUGUAUCUCAUAUUUGAGUGCGGCUGUACCUCCACCUCUUCGGACAUCCGCUCAAGGCAUCCUGCAGGGUCUCCACCUCGGGCUGGGCAGGGGCUGUGGGGCGAUGGUCGGCGGGGUAUUUGUCAACUACUUUGGUGUUGCCGAAACAUUCAGGGGAAUAGGAAUGACGUCGCUUGUUAUUUUGCUGAUCUUUUCAUUAAUUAUGUGCAUCACUGGCCAGAAUGAGAAAAAAGAGGACAAGAUGCUAGCAGAGAACAUUCCUAUCCCAUCCAGUCCUGUUCCCAUAGCAACCAUUGACCUGGUUCAGAACACAACAGACGCGGCCGCACCUGCUCGACCCGAACCCAAACUUCCGACUCGGAAAACACGGCACCAGGAGGAUCAGGAGGAUCUGAACAAGCCUGCUUGGGUUCCCUCUGGUUCGCCGUGGGUUACAGUCGUUCUACUGUUUUACCAAAUCAGAGACAUGGUCGUCAUUGCAAAGACCCCUGUUGAGGUCCAGCCCCUUCAGGACACAGAUGAGAUUCCCCCAGAAUCUCGAGAAGAAGACCAAUCACCUCCCAUCGUUGGCAAUGACGUGCGACAGGAAAGCGCUCUCAGUGGGCUCCUGUCCCAGGAGGACCCCGGGCCCCCAGGGGCCGCCUCACAGCUGGAAUUCCCAACACGGGACACACAGCUAGUAUUACAUGCAAACAGCUGAUGGCACAAACUGACUCUAACCCGUGGGUAUUUUCUCUUCACAUAGUGAUUUUGUUUUCGUUGUGAAGUUUUUACGAACUUUGUGGGAAAAUACAAGGAAGAAGAAAGUACUUUUCUGUAUAAAUGGCCUUUGUAUGAUUUUUUACUUAUUUCCAGGUGUUUUGCACAUCCACUAAAUAAAGCC